ACGUUAAAAUUUUUGGAAAAUAUUUAAAAUUCGCUUAAAAUUUGCAAUAAUCUAGUCAUUGAAAUGAUACAUUUCAUAUUUAGCGGGUGUGCUUGUCACACGGUGAUUACAGCUGGCAAAACAUAAACACGUCUGAUGACGUUUAGCAGUUUUGCGGUGAUUUGCAUACUUUUAACGAUAGUUUAAAGAGUUUCUCAAAUUUUUAAGACUAGGCUUUGUUUAGUAUAGAAAUGUCGUCCUUUAUAAGCGACUUAUUGCUCGCUACUGAAAGCUGUAAAGAAGAAGAUCGGAAAGAUAAAAUAAACGUUAUCAAAAAAGAAAUAAGUAAGUUAAAAGAUGUCAUCAACGAAUUCACAACAGCUAAAAAUGACGAAUUGGAAAUGUUUAUCGUACCCAAUGAAAAACUGGUCGAGGAGUGCGAUGAACUCAUAUCCAAUAUGCAAUAUUUGCGGGGUUAUAUUAAAAAUACGGUAAAUGUAAACCUGACUUUAUCUGUUGAUGAGCUACAUAAAUUUUCAAUGGAAUUGAAAGAAACUAAUUUUGGUCUUAGCUUGGUUAAUCAUCUUCAAGAAAUUGUUAAGUGUUUCAAGUUCAUAGAAAACUAUCAAUCUGUCAAAGAAAAGCCUUACACUACAGCAGCUUUGACAUUAAACGAGCUGGCAACUCUUGUCAUUGAGAGAAAUCACAAUAUCAAAUUGUUGAAUGUAUACGACUCUAUAAAAGAAGAAUAUGGCAGAUUAUAUGAACAAGUCACUCAAGAUUUAAAUUUCUUCUGGAAACAAAAUAUUUUUUGGAGCGAUGCAGAAGUUGAAUUACAAAGUGGAAAGUCAUUCAGUCUAUCUAUUAAAUGUAGUAAAGAUGAGUUAGCCGAUGUGACGCAGGCUUUGGAUUAUUUGCAUAAAUUGUCUAGAUGCAUGGAAUCAUUGACUGCAAAAUUAAAUCUUCUCAUAAUAAACCCAAUAAUAAACUCAUCUUGCCAGAUAAAUGUAACUGAUUCCACCUUAAGGUUAGAAAUAUUGGAUAAAAAACAAGUACCUGCAUUUGAAGGCGUAUUUGAAAAUUUAAAGACAUUUUUGGAAUUUUUACACGAUCAUUUUGAUGUUCCUCUGGAUAAUGAUGAGAGUGUUUUUAUAAAACUAUCUAAUUUAUUGUUAGAAAAUUUUUCCACAGUGCUAAUUGAAGACUGCAUUUCUAAAAUAAUUCCUACAUCAACAACAGAAUUAGAAAAAUUUGAAUUUUUUGUAAGGAAGAUUGAGGAGUUUCAAACAUUUUUAUUACAAAUCAAAUUCAUCGGUGAAGAUCAUAUGUUUUUAUCGAAAUAUACUAUGGACACUGAUAAGUUAUACAUUGACAAAAAGUGUGAAAAAUUACUUGAAUCUGCUCGUAGUAUUAUGAAAAAAGAUCUACAUGAUACAUUUUUACACAAGCCUCACAUUCCUUCAAUCCCUGAUGCAAGGGAAUAUCAAGAAAGUUCUGAUAUCAAAAAGACAAAUCUCAGUAAAAAUACUUUUCAAUUUCCUGAAUGUCAAAUAAGUAAAAGUGCUCAAGAAAUAGUUGAUUUAUUGCAUGAAAUUUUAGAAGAUGCAUGUCAGUGUUUGGAUAAGUAUGUAUACAGGCUUUUCUAUACAAGCCGGAACGUAAUUGAAAUGUAUGCAGCUUUAGUUCCAGAAAUUCACAAAUCAUUUUUAGAGACAAUCCCACAGCAAGUCGCUUUAUUUCAUAACAAUUGUAUUUAUCUUUCUCAUCAUUUACUACUACUGUCCAGUAAGUAUAAAUACAGGAUUCCUUUGCAAUCGCAAAAUUUUAAUUUUGUCUACACUGACCAAAGUGUACUUCUUAGACAAGUUGGAACAGAAUAUUUUCUCAAUCACAUGAAAUAUCAAAGAGAUAUUAUUUUUGGUAUUAUUCGUGAAUCAGGUUUAUCAUCAAUUGGUCAAAUGCCUGAACUACCAGUCACUACAGAAAAAGCUAUAAGACAAUGUAUAAGACAAUUAGAGCUUUUGAAAACAGUUUGGAUUGAAAUACUACCUGUUAAAGUAUACUGUAGAACUCUUGGCUGCAUUGUUAAUGACGUGGUAGAAGACUUGUGUAUGAAAGUUUGCAGUGUUGAAGAUAUAUCAGCUAAUGUAGCAUCAGAAUUAGCGAUACUUUUUGAUGUGAUUAUAAAAAGAGUACCACAAGUAUUUCCAGAUCCAAUAUUGAUACAGCAACAUGUUCAGAAGUGGAGAAAAUUGAAGGAACUGAUAAUUGUACUUGGUGCUUCUCUGAAAGAAAUUGAAGAUCGUUGGGCUGAUGGUAAGGGUCCUCUUGCCAAUGAGUUCAAUGCCCAAAGUGUAAAGCAACUAAUUAGGGCACUUUUCCAAAAUACAGAUAGGAGAUCAAACUUACUAUCUAAGAUAAAAGAAAAAUAGUAAUAUGUUGAUUAAGACCAUAUUUUGAUAUGAUGUUGAAUACUUACAU